CUGUUUUGUGUUCAUAAUGGAACUUAACAGAGGCAUUUUUAAGGUUUUAGGCUUUAAACUCGAAUCUUUACUACGUGCACGGUGAACGCAAUAGGUGAAGCGCGCUGCCCAUACAAACCUAUGUGGUGACGUCAGCCAGUUUCCGCUGUCAUUCCCCUCUGUGCCUCUCCGCUAUCAGAAUAGCUGCGUGAAUAAAAGUGUCGAUUGAGCCACCCUUUCGGAUUUAAACUUUACUUUUGGCCAAAUAACUCGAAGAAUGGAGUUGGACUUAUGGAAUUAAAGCUGGGUGCGCUUGCAAUGGAGGUUUUGUUGCUGAAAUUACUCCUUUACAGUAGCUGGUUCGUGGUCCAUGGUUCCCCCUUGCUGCUCUUUGCUAACCGCCGAGAUGUGCGUCUGGUGGACGUGGAGGCUGUGCGAGCGGAGUCUGCGGUAGUGGUCAGUGACCUGGAGGAUGCGGCGGCUGUGGACUUCCUCUACUCGGAGGGUCUGAUCUUUUGGACGGACGUCAGUGAGGAGGCCAUCAAGCAGACCUACUACAAUCAGUCUAGUAACUCAGUAAAAGAGGCAACAUUGGGCACGGGUCAAAAGGUGGUGGUGUCGGGCCUCGAAUCACCCGAUGGACUGGCAUGUGAUUGGCUGGGACGCAAACUCUACUGGACGGACUCUGAGACAAACCGCAUCGAGGUGGCUAACCUGGAUGGCACGCAGCGGAAGGUGUUGUUUUGGCAGGACCUGGACCAGCCCCGGGCCAUCGCCCUGGACCCAGCCCACCGGUACAUGUACUGGACAGAUUGGGGCGAGGAGCCGCGCAUCGAAAGAGCAGGGAUGGACGGCAGCAGCCGGAAGAUCAUCGUUGAGGUGAACAUCUACUGGCCCAACGGACUCACCAUUGACCUAGACGAGGAGAAACUUUACUGGGCAGAUGCCAAGCUCAGCUUCAUCCACCGCGCCAACCUGGAUGGCUCUGCACGGGAGACUGUGGUGGAGGGCACCCUGACCCAUCCGUUUGCCCUCACGCUCUCUGAUGAGACACUGUACUGGACGGACUGGCAGACACGCUCCAUUCACGCCUGUAACAAGCACUCCGGGGACAAGCGCCGAGAAAUUCUCAAUGGCAUUCACUCACCCAUGGACAUCCAGGUCCUUGCCCAACAAAGACAGCCAAACUUUCAAACCCCCUGCAGUAAUGGGAAUGGCGGCUGCUCCCACCUUUGCCUGCUCUCCCCCCUGCAGCCGUUUCACAGCUGCGCCUGCCCCACUGGAGUCAAGCUCAAAGACGACGGCAAGACGUGUCGACCAGGCGCUGAGGAGGUCCUGCUGUUAGCACGGCGCACAGACCUUCGCCGCAUCUCUCUGGACCUGCCAGACUUCACUGACAUUGUGCUGCAGGUCAGUGACAUCCGCCACGCCAUUGCCAUCGACUAUGACCCUGUAGAUGGCCACGUGUACUGGACGGACGAUGAGGUCAAAGCCAUCCGCCGUGCCCGCAUUGAUGGCAGUGAGGCCCAGACACUGGUAACCACGGAGAUCAACCACCCGGAUGGUAUCGCGGUGGAUUGGGUGGCCCGCAACCUGUACUGGACAGACACGGGCACGGACCGAAUUGAAGUGACCCGGCUUAAUGGGACCUCACGGCGCAUUCUGAUCUCCGAGAACCUGGAGGAACCACGGGCCAUUGUGCUAGACCCCGUCAAUGGUUACAUGUACUGGACUGACUGGGGUGAGAAGCCCAAAAUCGAGCGUGCGAACCUUGAUGGAAGUGAGCGCCUCAUUCUUCUGAAUACCUCCUUGGGCUGGCCCAACGGUCUGGCCAUCGACUACACUGCAGGCAAGCUGUACUGGGGGGAUGCAAAGACUGAUAAGAUUGAGGUGAUCAACAUCGACGGCACAGGGAGAGUGACCCUGCUAGAGGACAAGCUGCCGCACAUCUUCGGCUUCACACUGCUCGGCGACCACAUCUACUGGACAGACUGGCAGCGGCGGAGCAUCGAGCGCGUCCACAAGCACACAGCCGAGCGUGAGAUCAUCAUCGACCAGCUGCCUGACCUCAUGGGCCUCAAGGCCACCAAAGUCACCGAAACAUUUGGAACCAAUGGAUGUGCGGAGAGCAAUGGCGGCUGCAGCCACCUGUGUUUCCACCGUCCGCAGGGCCUGCGCUGUGCCUGCCCCAUGGGCUUGGAGCUGCUGAGUGACCUGCGCACCUGCGUGGUGCCCGAGGCCUUCCUGCUCUUCACCAACCGCGCCGACAUCCGCAGCAUCUCGCUGGGCACCAACAGCAACGACGUGGCCAUCCCACUCACCGGCGUCAAGGAGGCCUCUGCCCUGGACUUUGACGUGGCCGAGAACCGCAUCUACUGGACCGAUGUCAGCACUAAGACCAUAAGCAGAGCCUUCAUGAAUGGCUCCUCAGUGGAACACGUGAUUGAGUUCGGUCUGGACUACCCUGAGGGCAUGGCUGUGGACUGGAUGGGCCGGAAUGUCUACUGGGCCGACACUGGCACCAACCGCAUCGAGGUGGCCCGUCUCGAUGGCCAGUACCGGCAGGUUCUGGUCUGCAAAGAUUUAGACAACCCACGUUCCCUUGCCCUGGACCCAGCUAAUGGCUACAUGUACUGGACGGAGUGGGGUGGCAGGCCGAAGAUUGCCAGGGCACACAUGGAUGGGAGCAACAUUGUGACUCUGGUGGAUAAAGUGGGCCGCGCCAAUGGCCUCACUAUCGACUACAUCGACCAGCGGCUCUACUGGACUGACCUGGACACCUGCAUGAUUGAGUCCAGUAACAUGCUGGGUGAGGAUAGGGAGAUAGUGGCUGAUGACCUGCCGCAUCCCUUUGGCCUGACACAGUACAGCGACUACAUCUACUGGACGGACUGGAACCUGCGCAGCAUCGAGCGGGCCGACAAGCGCAGCGGCCUGAACCGCACUGUGGUGCAGCACCACCUGGAGUACGGCAUGGACAUUCGGGUGUUCCACUCCUCGCGGCAGGACGGCUCUAACGAGUGCUCGCAGAACAACGGCCUCUGUGGUCACCUGUGUCUGGCCUCGCCCUCCGGGGCGCAGUGCCGCUGUGCCUCGCACUACACUCUCGAGUCCAACGGCCACAACUGCACAUCUCCCUCCAGCUUCCUGCUCUUCAGCCAGAAGGCGUCCAUCAGCCGCAUGGUGCUGGGGGAGCAGAGCCCUGACAUCAUCCUGCCCAUCCACGUGCAGCGCAGCGUCCGGGCCAUCAGCUACGACCCGCUGGAGCACCUGGUGUACUGGGUGGACGGCCGCGGGAACAUCAGACGGGCACGUGAUGACGGAACCCAGUCGUUCUCCGUGGUGUCCACCACGCCCGUCUCCCACCAGGCGGACACGAUCAAGCUGCCCCACGAUCUGAGCCUGGACCCUUACAGCCGCACCGUCUACUGGACCUGUGAGACCACCAACACCAUCAACAUCCAGCGGAUGGACGGGAGCUCCGUGGGCAUGGUCCUCCGAGACGAUGUGGACAAGCCCCGUGCCAUUGUGGUCAACGCUGAGAAAGGGUACAUGUACUUCACCACAGUGCAGGAUCGCUCUGCCAAAAUUGAGGGUGCGUCUCUGGACGGCACGGAGCGAGAGUCACUCUUCACUACCAGCCUGAUUAGGCCAGUGGCCCUGGCCCUUGACAACAAGCUGGGCAAGCUCUUCUGGGUGGACGCCGACCUGAAACGCAUCGAAAGCAGUGACCUAUCAGGAGCCAAUCGGAUUGUCCUUCAGGACUCCAGUAUGUUCCAGCCUGUGGGUCUCACUGUGCUGGGAGACCACUUGUACUGGAUCGACCGACAGCAUCAGAUGAUCGAGCGCGUCGACAAGCUGACGGGAGAGAAGCGGACCCGCAUCCAGGGACGGAUCGUCUACCUCACCGGCAUUCACGCAGUGGAGGACAUUGACCCAGAUGAGCUUGCGGCCCACCCUUGUUCCCGUGAUAAUGGUGGCUGUUCCCACAUCUGUAUCGCCAAGGGUGAUGGAACACCACGUUGCUCCUGCCCUAUGCACCUUGUGCUGCUGCAGAAUCUUCUUACCUGUGGAGAGCCCCCUACCUGCUCCACGGAGCAGUUCACAUGUGCCACCGGAGACAUCGACUGCAUCCCCAUGGCGUGGCGCUGCGAUGGCUUCGCUGAGUGCGACGACAGCAGUGACGAGGAGAACUGUCCCGUCUGCUCGGCCCUCCAGUUCCAGUGCGAUAAGGGCCAGUGCAUCAGCGCCCAGCUGCGCUGCAACGGCGAGCCCGACUGCGCAGACAACUCCGAUGAGCAGGAGUGUGAAACCAUCUGCCAGCCCAACCAGUUCCGCUGCAGUAACAGUCAGUGCAUCCUGAAGAAGCAGCAGUGUGACUCCUACUCAGACUGUGCUGACAACUCUGACGAGAUGUACUGCGAUUCAGAUUUCAUCCCCCCGCCUGGUGAGGACCUUCCUACCCACAACAAAACAGUGGGCAAGGUCAUCGGCAUCAUCCUGACUGUGUUUGUGCUGGGCGGCAUGUACUUCGUCUGCCAGAGGAUGGUGUGUCGCUGCUACAAGGGGCCGAACGGGGCCUUCCCUCACGAGUACAUCAGUGGAACACCCCAUGUGCCGCUCAACUUCAUCGCCCCGACCAACUCCCAGCACGGCACCUUCACAGGGAUCUCGUGUGGGAAAUCCAUGAUGAGCUCGGUGAGCCUUAUGGGCAGCAGCAGCAGUGGCGCACCCCUCUACGACAGGAACCACGUCACCGGGGCCUCGUCCAGCAGCUCGUCCAGCACCAAGGGAGCCUUCUACCCCCAGAUUCUCAACCCCCCUCCCUCACCAGCUACAGACCGCUCGCUUUACAAUGCGGAGAUCUUCUAUUCUUCAAACAGUCCCUCCACAACCAGAUCUUACAGACCCUACAUGAUGCGAGGCAUGGCCCCGCCCACCACGCCGUGCAGCACGGACGUGUGCGACAGCGACUACACCACCAGCCGCUGGAAGAGCAACAAAUACUACAUGGACCUCAACUCAGACUCUGACCCCUACCCCCCUCCCCCUACACCUCGCAGCCAGUACCUGUCUGCGGAGGAGAGCUGUCCGCCGUCCCCCUCCACCGAGCGCAGCUACUUCCACCUGUGCCCCCCGCCGCCCUCGCCCUGCACAGACUCCUCAUGACACCCAGCCACGGGGGCAGGGCGGGAACUGAACAAAUGAACUAACUAACUAACAAAGCCAUCAAUCUGUACAUAAGGUUUUUUUUUUUUUUUUCAUUUUGGACAAGAAAAUAGUGGAAAGAGAGAAAGCAAUCCCAUCGCCUCCAAUCUUACUCUUGUUGUGGCUGCAUGACCAUGGACAAAAGGGUCUGCAAGAUAUCAUACCAUAACCAUGGAGGGAGAAACAUGGACAGAUGACUGAAUGGGACCGGGGGAGUAGUACAGCACAACCCAGCAUACAGCCCAGGGGCCUCAUUACAGAAAAAUAUCCUAACUGCUUGUCCUCUCUUAACUUAAGCUUCAAAGACAUCUUAAACAAAAGUAUAUUAAUGAAUAAUAAAUCAAUAAUAGUCUAAUAUGAUUUGUUAUAAAUGUUUUAAAACACAUAGCUUACACAUUUCAUAUUGCUUGUCCAAGUUUUCACUUAAUUAACCUAUUUAGUGGAAUAUGCUUUAUCGUGUCCCUAACUGUCAUCUUACUAGGCAACAACCUAACAAGACUGUUGCAGUUGUUUUGAAUUUAGGACAGAGUCUGUGUCAUCCUAAAUUAGGAUUCCUAAAUUAGGAAAUUCUUGAGUUAGGAUGGUUCUGUAAUGGCCAAAUUUUCCUAAAUGCAGUUAGGAAACAUGCUUCUGUAAUACCAAAAAUCCUAAAUGCCAUUCUAAACUGAGAUAAGAUAGGAUUUCAGAGUUAGGAAGUUUCUGUAAUGAGGCUCCAGCUCUGAAUGGGAGUUAGAAAAUCAAUAUGUACAGCUGAAAAAUGUGGACCUACGUAUAUUUUAAUUUUGCCUUCAAUCAACUCAAGAAAACAGAGUGAUAAUUAGGUGAUUUUUUUUUUCAGGAAAUUCCAAUGAAUUUGGCUCUUAAAAACUGGACAAAUGUCAAGCCUAGUAAUAUAACAAGGUCUCUACUUAUAGAAAUACUUGUUAUCCAGAUAUUAAAUUAUUCAUCAACUGUCCAAAUUAAUCUAAAAUACCAAAAUUAUUUUUAAGAUAUUGUAAAUAUGUGUAAUUAAGUAUAUAAUAUUUUUGUUAUGGCCACAGGAAUUUGUUUUGGUAUGUGAAUAUAAAAUGUACCCGAGCAUAUGGUUUGGUUUUAUUGAGUUUACCAAAAGUGUGUUUGCUGCUAUUGUACAUAUAUCCUAUGAAUAGUGAUUACAACAUUUGUCAAAAACUUUGCUUCUGCAUUUGAGAAUAGAUAUGGUAAUGAAAAUGUUAAAUGUAAUGUUAUUAAUCUCAUAUUUCAGAUUUGGGUUGUAUAGAUUAUAUGAAUACACAUGUGAAUUACUUUCUUACUUUGAAGGAGUCCAAAUGAUGGUUCUGUAAGGAUCUCAGUUAUGACUUGGCUGAGAUCCUGCCAUUACUGUGUUAUACCAUUAAUGUUUUAGCAGUGUCUAUUUGCCCCCGAGUUAGUACAGCAAAGUAUCCAAGGCAAAUAUUCCAUCUGAUCGCAUUUGUUUUUGGAUACUUUUAGAUACACAAUUGAGCCUUUUCUUGAAAAUUGGAUUGAAGCAUGGGUUUGCACUGAUGCAGUUAAAUAAUUGUAUUGCCAGACCAAUUUGCCAAAAAGAAAGAAAACCACUUUUAUCACACACUAUUUUAAUGGUUUUGCUUCCUUAACGGACUACAGUCCUGACAUUGUUUAUGAGUUCAGACUGAGUCAAGAAAUUGCUCAGAAUAUGUAGAUGUAUUGAACCUGGAAAGGCUGACUGCUCAACAGAACCUAAGCUAAUUGUCUGUCCACAAUAAGCCAGUAAUUGUAGAUGUUGAUUAUUUUUACAGCCUUCAUCUUUCAUUUCUUUGUGUUGCCAAAUCUUCAUGGAGGCAGCGGGAGGCAGCUGCUUCCUAGGUUUUAAGUGGUCUAAAAAGAGCAUGUUUGUGAGUCUGGUCCAUGUCUUACUUAAGCCCUUUCUGUCAUGUGUUCUUUGUACUAUUCAAAUUGAGAGUGUGGUAUGUGAUGCAAAGUUUAAGUGUUUCAUUGUAAAAUCCAGCUUUUAGGUGGAACAUGUGAUCAAGCAUGUUCAGCCAACACUAAGCACUUACAAAAAAAAGAAAGCGUCCUUUUCAGUUAUUUUGAUUGUAGAUGUGUGUGUGUGUGUGUGUGUGUGUGUGUGUGAGUGAGAGAGAGAGAGAGAGAGAGAGAAUGUGAAUGAGUGUAUAUUCUGAAAAAGCUACUUGCAGAAGUAGAGCCAUGUAGAAAUGUUCCUCUAACCAGACCUCCAUUUUAGCUGAAGCUUUUUUGCUUCUUUUAUGAUUAAUGAUUUCACUUGUGCAAGUAUCCAAUAAAUCCAUAAAUCUCUGCUGCUCACGGGGACAAAUAAAAGAAAGAAAGAUUUUUUUAAUUCAUGGUUUGUCUAUAGUAAAUGCUGAGGUAAAAAUAAAAUAAUGUAAGUAAAAGAUUAUGCUGCUUGUAGUAAAAUCGGCAACCUGUUAACAUGGAUUUCUCUAAAAAAAAAUAAAAAAAAAGUGAUGUUCUCAGCCUGUACCUGGAUAUCAGCCAUCACUCUUGCCUGUGGCACAGUCUGUGAGGAUGGUAUAUGGACAGUUGAAGCAUGUCCAUUGUGAAAAGGAGGUUCCUCAACCUUGCCAUGCUGAAAUGGACCUUUCUAUUAACAAAACCGUGGGAGACAAUUCCACCCCCAACGCAUUAACACUCUGUGUCUUGGUCUUUGUAAAGCCUCAUAUAGAUUACUCUCGUGACAAUUUUUGUAUCAAAAGCAUUUUUAUAUAUUAAAGGUUCUAUUUUAAAGAA